AACAUCUGAAGAAGAAUUUCCUGUUCAUGUUUUUACAUAAACUGUAAAGUCGGCGGACAUUGUUAAAUUGGAAUAAAGGCUAGUAUGAAAUCAGAGGAGCUCGAACAUGCACCGGAACCGGAAGAUGCCAGUGUUUUUUGUGAGACCGUUCCUACUGGAUGGUUCAACACAACAAAUGCAGUCAAGUGGAAAGUGGCAAUGGAACAGAUAGAACGCGAGAUUGAAGAGAAUAAACUCAAGUGGAAAGUGGCAAUGGAACAGAUAAAACGCGAGAUUGAAGAGAAUAAACUUCCAGAUGAGCCACGUGAUACAGAGAUGUACUUAAAAGCUAUUGAAGAAGAAAAGGAAAGAGAUAGAUUUGUCAGGGUGAUGGUUCUUGGCGACUAUGGACAGGGAAAAUCAUCACUCACUAGAAGGCUUUUAGGACAAUCAGUGGAAGACAUUCAUAUCAGCAGAUACAGAAAACUUAUUGAAGCAACGCCGUUUCGUUCGUGA